UAGUAAAAUGGAUUACUUGACCUAUGUGGUCCGUAAACGCAGAUGAAAGAAUCCAAUCGCAAACCUAGCGGCGAAAAGAAGAAAUCACAAUCCGCUAUGGUCCGACCGGUCCAGCUUGGUCCGGUUUUCCCGUCCGGACCGGACUGUGAUUAUGAUGAUCUGCGCUCCUUUUUUACCCUCCCUUGACGCAAUCAAAUUUCUUUAGCUGCGAGUUUGGCUUGGGGUUUCUGUUCCAGUCUAGGGUUCCAGGUGCUUAUUCGGGAUGUCAAGAGUAUAUAUUGGAAACUUGGACCCAAGGGUCACUGAAACAGCGCUUGAAGAUGAGUUCCGUACUUAUGGAGUGAUCAGAAAUGUCUGGGUUGCAAGAAGGCCUCCUGGCUAUGCUUUCAUCGAUUUUGAUGACUCAAGAGACGCUCUGGAUGCAAUUCGGGGAGUGGAUGGUAAGAAUGGUUGGAGGGUUGAGCUUUCUCACAGUUCUAGAGAUGGAGGACGUGGAGUUGCUGGACGUGGAGGAGGACGUGGUCGAUCUGGUGGCUCUGAUUUGAAGUGCUAUGAGUGUGGUGAAGCUGGUCAUUUUGCUCGUGAAUGCCGUAUUCGUGGUGGAGGUGGAGGUGGAGUGAGGCGCCGUAGUCGCAGCCCACGUAGAUACCGUAGGAGCCCGAGCUAUGGUCGGAGCCGUGACAGGAGUUACAGUCCUCGUGGUCGUUCUCCUCGCCGCCGUAGUUUGUCUCCUCCUCGUGGACGUAGCUAUAGCCGAUCUCCUUACCGUGGACGAGAUGAAGUUCCCUAUGCAAACGGUAAUGGUGUGAGGGAUCGACACAGAAGCAGGAGCUGAGGGAGGAUGAGAGAAAAGACACUUACCAAAACAUCUGGAGUUGUGUUACUACUUUAGCUUGAACUACUACUAGAUCACAACUGUGUAAGUGGGGUCACUAUUUUGCUUCUGUUGGUGGAUUUGGUUCAACUUUCCUAUCUUUUGAUACCAACUGUGUAUUUGGUGUCAGUAGUUCGUGUUCUCUUAUGACAUUUACAUUUAUAUUUUUAUUAUUAUUGGUAGACGGGAUUGGAGCUAUGGUAGGUACUGUUUCUUAGUGAUAUAAUGUAUUUAAAAAGACACUGCUAAAAUGUUUUUUCUGUUUUUUG